UCUCUUUCAGGCAGAGAGACUGUUGGUACCAGCAACAUGGAGGAUGAUGUCAGCUUGAAGUUCCGUCAGCAUCUUCUGUUCAUUGAUGAAAAUCUGGUGGCUGAAGAUGUAGCAGCUUUAAAGUUUCUCUGUACUGACUUGCUCCCCUUCAAAAAACUAGAAAGUGUGACGUCAGCCGUGGACAUCUUUCAGCUUCUCAUGGCUGAAGACUAUCUGAAUGAGGAAGAUACUUUCCUACUAGCUGAACUUUUGUACAGAAUUAAAUGUCACUCCUUGCUCAAGCAACUUGGUUAUACCAAGGAGAAAGUGCAAGAAUGUCUGCAUGAGAAGGGAAGAGUGUCUCCAUACAGGCAGAUGCUGUAUGAAUUGUCAGAGAACAUUACUAAUGAGAUGUUGAAGGAUAUCGUAUUCCUCCUGCAAGACUGUCUUCCAAAGCGACACGUAACUCUUUCCGCUCUGGAAUUGCUGAUUUUAUUGGAAAAACGGGGCCUUUUAACUGAAGACAAUGUACAGGUACUGGAGGAAGUCUGUAUGAGAGUUUCACCUGAUCUCCUGGAAACAGUAAACUGCUACAAAAGGGCAAAAGUGUCUCUGCCUCAGCAGGAGAACACUCUGCCAGUCAAGGAAUCUUCACUGUCUCACACUAGAGACAUCAAAGUAUUCACUUCCCCACAGGAGACCUCGAUCAAAUCUCUCGGUUCCAAUAUCAAUGAUAACAAAGCAGCUAGUCUUACACAUGGCUUCUCUGAAAUGAACCUGGAGCUGCCUGGAGAAUUCAGCAAUGUAGACAAUGAAUCCAAGAAGAUGACAAGCUACAAAAUGGAUGGACCACACAGAGGAUUUUGUCUUGUUAUUAAUAAUGUUAACUUCGAUAGGUCUCUUCCAGAGAGGAAGGGUUCUUGCAAAGAUGCUGGGGAACUGGAGCGAGUAUUCACAUGGCUUGGUCUGGAUGUGAGGACUUACAUGGAUCUGACGUCUUGGCAGAUUAAAGAUCUCAUGCGAACCUGGCAGCAUGUGCAAGAUCACAAAGACAGGGACUGUUUUGUAUGUUGUAUUCUGUCUCAUGGAGAGUCAGGAGCGAUCUAUGGGAAAGAUGAGGAACUUGUAUCAAUCCGCAUGAUCAUGUCCCACUUCACUGCCAAACAAUGUCCACAGCUGGCUGAAAAACCCAAACUCUUCUUUAUCCAAGCAUGUCAGGGUAAAGAGAUACAGUGUCCUGUCUAUGUUGAAGCUGAUGCACGAAUUCCUGACUUGUCUUCCAUGCAACAGAGGAUUUCUCCUUCUGAAAGUAUUCCUGAAGAGGCUGAUUUCCUCCUAGGCAUGGCCACAAUUGACGGAUAUGUCUCUUUCCGGCAUGUUGAACAGGGUGCUUGGUAUAUUCAGGCCCUGUGCAGCAAGCUACAGUUGUUGGUACCAAGGGGUGAAGAUAUUUUGUCCAUUCUUACAGAAGUUAAUGAAGAUGUGGGCAGACGUGUUGACCGCUUGGGGACAAAGAAGCAGAUGCCCCAACCAGCAUAUACCUUAAGAAGAAAAUUUAUAUUCCCAAUACCUAGAGACCCUCCUCCUUCACAGCAACAUUGA